AUGGCUCCUUAUGAGCUGCUCUAUGGCAGGAAAUGUCGUUCACCAAUUCAUUGGGACGAAACAGGAGAACGGAAAUACUUAGGCCCUGAGUUGGUUCAGAAAACAAAUGAGGUUGGACAAGUUGCUUAUCGGUUGGCUUUACCUCCAUCAUUGUCAGCUGUGCAUAAUGUAUUUCAUGUUUCCAUGCUGAGAAAGUAUGUAUCUGACCCAAUGCACGUUCUGAGUUAUGAGAUGUUGGAGUUGCAACCUGACCUAUCUUAUGACGAACAACCGGUGCAAAUUCUGGAUAGGAAGGAAAAGGUCCUUCGAACUAAAACCAUAUCGUUGAUUAAAGUACUCUGGAGGAAUAGUAAAGUGGAAGAAGCCACUUGGGAGUUGGAGGCUGAUAUGAGGGCUCAGCAUCCUGAGUUGUUCAGGUAG